UCCUCAGAAGUGAAAGUAACUGACAGUCUGAACCGUCAGCGUCGCCAGCGGAGAGAACAUGGCCUCCAGCUCGGGGGAAGACCUCUCGUGUCCCGUUUGCCACGACAUUUUCAAAGACCCAGUCGUCCUGUCGUGCAGCCACAGCUUCUGCCGGGCCUGCAUCCAGUCGUGGUGGACGGAGAAGGAAACACGACCGUGUCCGUGCUGCCAGAGGAAGUCAUCGAAGAGCGAGCCUCCUCGCAACCUGGCGCUGAAGAACCUGUGCGAGGCCUAUCUGCAGGAAGAGGAGCGGCGGGCGGCAGCAGGGCCUGAGCACAUGUGCAGCCUGCAUGAGGAGAAGCUCAAGAUCUUCUGUCUGGACCACCAGGAGCUGGUCUGCGUGGUUUGCCGGGACUCCGAGACUCACAGCAACCACCGGUUCAGACCCAUCGAUGAGGCAGCCCGGGAUCUCCGCCAGGAGCUGCAGAGAGACAUGACACCCCUCCGGGAGAAGCUGACGAUCUUCCAGCAGGUGAGGGAGAACUGCAUCUCCACGGCAGAACACAUCCAAGUCCAGGCCCGGGACACUGAGAAGGAGAUCCGGCAGCAGUUUCAGAAGCUUCACCAGUUCCUGGAAGAGGAAGAGAAGACGAGGGUGGAGGCGCUGACGGAGGAGGAGGAGCAGAAGAGUCGGGCGAUGAAGGAGAAGGUGGAAGCUCUGACCCGGGACAUGGACGCUCUUUCAGACACGAUCAGAGCGACGGAGACGGAGCUGAGAGCCGGAGACGUCUCGCUGCUGCUCAACCAUAAGGUUGCGACCGGGAGGGUCAAGCAGGGCCCGGUUCUGCAGGACCCGGAGCCGGUUCCAGGGGCUUUGAUAGAUGUGGCCAAACAUCUGGGCAACCUGACCUUCAAUAUCUGGAAGGAGAUGAAGGACAUGGUGCGCUACAGUUCCGUGAUCCUGGAUCCAAACACCGCCGACCCAGAGCUCGUCGUGUCUGACGACCUGCUGAGCGUCACAUUCGAGGGGUCGCGAGAUCUGCCGAGCAACCCGGAGAGGACCAGGUUCCCCGGCAUCGUCCUGGGCUCCGAAGGGGUGAAGUCAGGGACUCACAUGUGGUUAGUGGAUGUUGGAGGCAACGCUGACUGGGAGCUGGGAAUGCUGGAAGACGAUGGUGGCGACACAGCGGAGCCGCAGCGGUGGAGGAUUUCACUCAAGGACGGCAGAUACAAGGCGUUGGCUGGACCGGGCUCGGAGCAAGACCUGCAGGUGGGGGUGUCCUGGGGGAUCUUGGUUGGUCUGAACUUCGACAAGGGGGAGCUGUUUUUCCGGGAUAUUGAAACAAAGACAGUCGUGCACACCUUCACGCACAGGUUCACAGGCGAGAUGUUUCCUUACGUGUACACCCGGAGCUCAGACCCACUGAAGAUCAUGUCAUUUAAGGUUUCCGUGACGACUUAGGCGGGUCAUCGUGGUGGGACCCGACCCUGAACCCCGAGACGAGUCAACAUCCCCUGUAAGGUUGUAUCAUCGUCCACCUCGUUUGCAUUUCACAUUCUUGUCGGACUUGUGGACUCUGACUGGGACUCGUUCAGCUCCAGCGUGUCUCAGCGUUUCAGUUCAAGAUUAAAAUGUUGGCUUAUCUGUGAACGUGAAUCCAGGAAAGAUGCUUCUACAUGAUGAUCUAACAGUAACUCAUGAUGAUUGAUAAUGAUGAUUGAUCACGUGACUGGUGACGGGACCGUUGUCUCAGAUAAAUAUUGAUGAUUGGUGUGUGAUAAACAAGCAAAGCCACUCUAUGUAGAAAUACCACGUCUGACCUCAUGGGGGCAGCGCUCACGAGAUGAAGUCGUGUUACAAGACAGGUCGGACCAGACGAGAGCUUGAAAAGCCUGUUCCCUUGUUUCCUCGUUUCCUUGUUUCCUCCUUUCUUUGUUUCCUCGUUUGUUGUUGAAGUGAGAGUAAGAACAGGUCUUUGAGGACGGUUGGGACACGCCCACCUUGUGUCAAUCCCAGACCUGUUAUAGCUUAGCUGACCCGGCUGGUUGCCAUGGAAACACCGUAACUAUCAGAGCUACCCUGGGACAAAGGUUGGGUUGCAGUCGGGUCCGCCUCCCGGCGGCUGAUUGGCUGGAAGUGUCCUGAGAUGAUCGGCUGAUCGGCUGAUUGAUCCCCACUCACCAGUAGAUCUAGAUCUCCCCCACCUGGUCAGAUGUGGUACUGCUACAAGAAGAGUCUUAAAUGCUGCCGGUAAAACUUGGUGGUUGAGGGAAAUAAAAUAAAAAUAUAGAUUUAAAAAAAAAAAUAAUAAUUAAAAGAUGUAUGCGCUUUUAAAACUGCCAUGAUAAUAUAAUUUACCUUUAAUAUAAUUUACCUUUUUUGGUGAGGUGAAAUUCACUUUGACUUUGGACAGCAUGGAGUUAUAUAUAUAUAUACAUAUAUAUUUGCUAAUUGUUUUUGCAGUGAUUUAUAAAGGUUGUGGAUGAAAUAAAAUAAAUGGAAACAUCUUGAUCAGGAGUAUGUUGAUUAU